AGUUGGUGUCAAAAUUUGGAACCCUUUUAUGAGUCUUAAUGGGAAAAUGCAACAGUCCUUUUUGGCUCACAAUCCAAUGCGAUUCCUCUCAUGGAUAGACUCCAAACACAUGAUGUCAACAGUUCACACCACACCCUUUUGGCUCAAAACUCACUCUAUAUAUACUCUUAGGCCUUAGCUUUACCUCAUCCUUUUCAAUUGAGAAGUGUUGUGACAACAACAUGAAUAUGAAUCUAAACACCCUUUUUUGGGGUGUGAUAUUUGUGUUAGUUUGUUCUAUUACAAACUCAUUGGCUUCAAGGCACUGCCAUUUUCCUGCCAUAUUCAACUUUGGGGACUCAAAUUCAGACACUGGAGGCCUUUCUGCUGCCUUUGGACAAGCUGGUCCUCCUCAUGGAGAGUCCUACUUUCAUCACCCUGCAGGCCGUUACUGUGAUGGUCGUCUCAUUGUUGAUUUCAUAGCUAAGAAGCUGGGCCUGCCUUAUUUGAAUGCAUAUCUUGAUUCUGUUGGGUCAAAUUAUAGCCAUGGAGCCAACUUUGCAACUGCUGGAUCCACCAUUAGACCCCAAAACACAACCCUUCAUCAAACUGGUGGUUUCAGCCCUUUCUCUUUGGAUGUUCAAUUCAAUCAAUUCAGUGAUUUCCAGCGCAGGACACAAUCUUUUCGCAAUAAAGGUGGAGUAUAUAAAACAUUGCUACCAAAAGCAGAAGACUUUUCUGGUGCAUUGUACACGUUUGAUAUUGGUCAGAAUGACUUGACUUCUGGUUACUUCCACAACAUGUCCACGGAUCAAGUAAAAGCAUAUGUUCCAGAUGUUUUGGCUCAAUUCAAGACUGUACUCAAGUAUGUGUAUGAUCAUGGAGGAAGGUCAUUUUGGGUUCACAAUACUGGUCCUGUUGGUUGUGUGCCAUACAUCUUGGAUCUUCACCCAGUGAAACCAUCAUUACUGGACAAAGCAGGAUGUGCAACCCCUUAUAAUGAAGUGGCCAAGUUCUUCAACCGUGGAUUGAAAGAAGUUGUGGUUCAACUCAGGAAAGAACUUCCCUUGGCUGCCAUCACCUAUGUUGAUGUCUACUCAGUGAAGUACUCUCUCAUUAGUCAAGCAACGAAGCAUGGUUUUGAGGAGCCUCUGAGAGCAUGUUGUGGGCAUGGUGGGAAGUACAACUACAACUUACACAUUGGAUGUGGUGCCAAGAUUAAGGUUCAUGGCAAAGAGAUUCUGAUUGGAAAGCCAUGCAAGGAUCCUUCUGUUAGGAUUAAUUGGGAUGGUGUUCAUUUCACUCAGGCUGCAAACAAAUGGGUGUUUGAUCAUAUUGUAGAUGGUUCAUUUUCUGAUCCACCUAUUCCUUUGAACAUGGCUUGUCAUAAGCAUCUUUAAAUUAAAGGGUGCUAAAACCUUUGUCCUCUUUUUAUCCCUCGUCCUAAUUUUGCGUCUCCCUGAAAAUACUAGAGGUCAAGAAACAGCAAAGUUUACACCUCUAUCACUUGAGAGAAUUUUCCUAGUUGAUUGAUUCUAUUGGAGGAAUAAAAUUGAGAACAGAGGAUUUGAGUCAUGCAUGGAAAAGAGGAGUUAGUUCCCAUGUAAUAAUCAUCACUGAUUGCAGAUGUUUAUUACUGAAUAAUGAAGCUUGAAUUGUUUGGUUAUGCUUAUGUUUA